GAAACGAGUACGCUAAACCCACCACAUGUUCAGUGUUGAGCAGAAACUCGUAUAAUUCUUCCACAUGGAGGCACAUAAAGAGUCGGAUAGAGCUGCGCCAGUGCAGAUCACUGUGCUGAGAGGAAAUAAUUUGAGAGGCAGUAGAGCUGAAUCCUGUCUCAGUUUUAUUCGGGUGGAGUUUAACGGAUGUGUACUCGGAGACUCACCAAAAUUGGAUGUUUCUGUGGACAAAGAAGUAGUUUACAACUUCACCUGUAGUUUUGAAUGCUCAGAGGCAGCCCAUACACUGGAUGACCUAGCACAUAAACCAGUCAUAUUAACAGUGCUCGAGAUCUUGCCAAAAGAGAAAAAACAAAAAGAGGAGAAAACUGCUGUUGUAGGUCAAGCUACUCUGGAUCUACUGCCUCUACUGCAUGGUCAAAUCGACUUUUCGUCCAGUGUGCAGCUUCAUGUGGUGCCCGGGUCACCAUCUGAUAUUGCCCUACAAGAGGAUGGCUCACUUUUAGCAUCCACACUGGAUGUCUCAGUCAGUAUUCCGGGGCCUUUGCUCUCCGAUGCCCAGCUCUCUGACUCUAAUGUACUGAUGGUCACCGUGGAAACAGCAUAUUCCGUCCCUGAGGUCUGGAAUCCUGUAUCCACUCCUCCAUGCAGCUAUGUGGCUGCCCUGCAGAUGCCACUCACAGCUGAGAAAGAGGAAGUGUUGUUGUUCUCUAAUGGCACCUUGGAAAUGGGUGGCGAGAGGGAGCCAGUGCCAAGACCUGUCAAAUGGUCUUUGGGGCCCCUUAUUGCCACAAGGGCCGAGGUCAUGCAGGGUUACUCCAUUGACGAAGAACCCGAUGACCUGGAGCAUGGAGGCCUUACCACCAUCGAGGACACAGAUUUCAGAAUAGAUGCAGAGUGUUCCAGUAAAAGGGUGAGCUGGGAUACAGCACGUCGUUGCUUCAUUGAUGCAGGAGGUGUGGCGUGUCUGUCCCGGAGAAUUGCAGAAUGCAGACUGUGGCCCAUCGAGAUCAUGAGAGCUCCUCAAACAGUACCAACCAAAGCUGGGAAGACAAGCAAAGACAAGCUGGGGGAGGAUGAGAUCCAGAUUUCUUUCCAUGGAGUGGUAUAUGUGGAUCUGGUGCCAUUGUUGUACCCUGGAGUACGACGUAUACACGGGGCGUACAGAAUCUACCCAUUUUAUGAGUCUGAUCUACUGACUAAAACUCAAAGGACACACAGCAUUCUGAAAGAGUCCAGCCGAGCACCAGCAGCUCCGGGUCGAACUCAUACCACGUCCUCUGUCAACUCCAUAAAGCCGGUUAAACCUGCUCAGACCGACAGUCAGGCUGAUCUGGAGGUACAGGUGAACGCAGAAGGACAGAUGUACCUGGAUUCAAAAUCAUACUUUGUUGUUGAAAUCUCUUUGGAAAAACCGCUGGUUCCAAAAAGACCACCGGAGGAGCUGGCCAAACGUGUGAUGGAGUUAGUUCCUCCCAGACCUGCUCUACCUCGACACCCUGCAGGAGCAGAGAGAGCGGUGCAUGAAUAUCAAUCUCAGAUUGCGAGUGUGGCCACUCAGGUGUUGGAUCAGUAUCAGCAGAUGUUUGGGGCAGCGUUUGUGCCCGAUGGGAAACCUUUGGAUCCUGCCCAGCAACAACAGCGCAAAACUCAGCUGAUCGCUGAACUCAACUGCUCUGGAAAAUACUUUGCAUUUAAGGAACAGAUGAAGUACUCUGUGGUGCGGAUCGUAAGAGAGAAGAUGUUGAGGACAGAAGCCUUCUCAGAUCCCGAGCAGUUGCAGGCGUUCUUGAGUCAACUCUACAUGUUCCUGGUGGAUGAGAUGCAUGCUGCCCUCAAUAAGACUCUGUCAGUGGACUCUCAAGACACACACCAUGAAGCUUUGCUGAAUUGUUCUCAACUCAAACACUUUGCCAAAGAGGCCGAACUCAACACUGACUACCAGCUGGCUGCACAGUAUUAUCAGGAGCGUCUGGUUCGAGACCGCAACGAUCCAUCUCACUGGUUUGAUUACGGGGUGUUUCACAUGCUGACUGCUGAGCACCUGAAAGCCGAGGAGUGUUUUCAACAGGCCUUAUCUGUUGAUCAAACACACACACCGAGUUUGCUCAUGUGUGGUGUACUAUCAGAGAUGAGUGGACACUAUGAUGAUGCAGAGACCUUCUUUGAAAGAGCGACUUGUGUUGAACCGAGUAAUGUGGUCACCUGGACUUUAUUUGGUGUGUUCUGCCAGUCUCAGGAGAAGUCCAUUCAGGCCGAGAUGGCGUUUCUGGAGGCCAAUAAGCAGCUCGGUUCAGUCCUGCGGUGUGGCACAGCGAGUAGACCAGAGAAAACCGCUGAUAAUCAAACUCAGUCUCAGUCUGGUGAGAUGAAAGACCAGGGAGAUGAAACCAGUGAGACUACAGCUAGCAAAACAGAAAAUGCAGCUGCUGAUACAGAUACAGACAUUGAAGAUCACAGGCCACAGGAGAGCCAGGAGAGUAAAGAGAGAGCACAACACAAAACUUCCCACUCCAGUCUCAAAACCACGAUCUUCAUGGAGACUGUGCAGUUUCUUCUGCAGAGUUACGCCUUACAGAUGGCACAGCGGGCAUUGGCUCUAGAGCUGCUGUCUCCAGACAGAGGAAGCAACAGCUUGUUUCAUCUCGCACUCGCUCAACUCCAGCUGCUGAGAGGAGAACACGAGAGCGCUGAAGACAGCCUGAGAGAGGCAUUGAGUGACAACAUCCAGAAUCCAGAUAUAUGGGCGCUGUGGGGUCACCUACACUACGUGAGGGGUGAUUACAAUCAGGCUCAGAGCUGCUAUGAACGGACGCUGGAAUUUGUGCUGGAUGCAUCAGACACACAUGCUAUAUACCUGCGUCUGGGCUUCAUCUGCAUACAGGAUGGAGAGUAUGAAAAAGCCAAAAGAGUAUUCCUGCGUGCCUGCAAAAGCUCUCCAUCAUGUCUCACUUGGCUCGGGCUGGGAAUCGCCUGCUAUAGACUAGAGGAACUAACGGAGGCUGAGGAGGCAUUGACUGAAGCCAACACACUCAAUAACAGGAAUCCAGAGGUGUGGGGUUACCUGUCUCUUGUGUGUUUACAGACUGGCCGAAAACUCGAGGCAGAGCAGUCGUAUAAAUAUGCUAUAAAGAUGGAUUUACAGAAAGAAUCUCUUCUUCAGGAGAUCCGAGAGCUGCAGGCACGUGUUGGAUUUGGAAACCCUUGCUUUUAAUUGUAUUAUUUUAAUUUCAUUCAGAUAACUGUUUGAGUAAUUUUCAGCAGUAAAGAGUUG